AUGUCCUCGGAACCCAAAGAUUCGCACCACUACGUCGUUGUUGAUGGCCUUGCCAUCGCCAACAGAGGCCUCAGGAUCCCUCCCAAGAAGCAACCAGCCACAGGCAGAGUCAGACUCGGGUCUGCUCGUCCGGUGGAGGUCUACAAGCCCAAGGCGAGCGUCCCGGACAGGAUGGACCUCCGCAAGUGGAUGACCGACGUCGAGUACCAGGGGCAGACAAACUCCUGCUGCGCCAACGCGGUGGCGGGAGCCUACGAGUACCUGUGCAAGCGGCAGGCAGAGAAGACCGGAGACACCGUAGGAGAUAUCUCGAGGCUCUUCAUCUACUACGUCGGUCGCCUUGCCGACGCUGCAAUGUACAAUGAGGAGCACCUUCCGCUCGAGGAUGGCGGGAUGACUGUUGACGGCGCCAUCAAGGCUCUUCAGAGCAAGGGAGCGUGCCUUGAAAAGAACUGGGACUUUGACGGGAGCAAGAUCAACCAGAAGCCGCAUGAACAUUGCUUCGAGGAGACGUGCCUGUCGGACGGUUUCCCCAUCGUCUUCGGGCUGAAGUUGACCGAGAGCUUCAUGAAGCCUGCCAAGAACGGUUACGUUCCUAAGCCCGACCCCAACGACCCCGACGCCUCUGAGCAUGGCGCGCAUGCCCUUCUGCUCGUCGGGUACUCGGACCCCGACCAAUGCUUCAUCGUGAGGAACAGCUGGGGGAGCACGUGGGGAGUUGAUGGAUACUGCUUCGUCGCUUACGACUACGUCUGCAACCCGGCCUACAACCUCGUGGAAUACGUCGGCCAAUGGGCAAUCAGAGGCCUUGAAGACUAUGACUUCACUCCUGAAGAUGGUGUUCCUAGCCAGGAGCACAUUGUUGACAGGUCCAAGGACGACGAGCAAGUGAAGCCUCAGAUCGAGGUGCGGGAGAAGGAGAUGCAUCCUGUUGACGGAGGUGGACGAAUAGGCAAGGACUUCGGAGACAUGUUCGAUCCGCUCGCAGAAGCUCGUCGAGUCUUCAAGGCCAUCGACACGGAUGGAUCUGGUUACAUCGAGCCAGGGGAGCUCAAGUCUGCCUAUCGCCUGCAAGGGCUGUACAUCACCGACGACCAGCUGAAAGCCGUGAUGAGCAUGUAUGACACCUCCAAGGACGGCAAGAUCGACUUCGACGAGUACUGUGUGAUGAUCGGCUUCAAGGACAAGGACGGCAACAUUACUGUCUAG